CGUUUCCCUCAUGUCAGGAGCUCCAACACCUUCACACCUUCAGCCGCUGUUCGUCUCAGUGCCGCCUACUGGAAUACUUCCUGCUUUCAGUCAGGCUGUAAACAUUCAACCAGAAACUACGUCAUGCUGCUGCACCACCUUUUUCAACAGCAAAUAAAUGUGAUCUCUCUCUGACCUUGAUGUGUUGAAAAAGAGGAAACAAAACAGCCGAUAAGGGAAGAGAAUUAUUCUGCAGCAUCAAAUAAGUAACAACUAUUCAACUUAUUCAUUGUUGACAGACAUGGCCAAUGAACCUGAGCUCAGGAUGGUGCUUGUUGGGAAAACGAGAGUUGGGAAGAGUGCAGCAGGAAAUACCAUCUUAAGGAGAAGAGCUUUUGAAACUAUGAGGCUUCCUGCUGUAGCAGCACCAGUAACUCUGAGGAGAGAAGAAGAGUUUUAUGGACAAACACUGGCUUUAGUUGAUACUCCAGGCCUGCUCCAUCCCAAUCAAGAUCAAGAUGAGGUGAAGAGGCACAUCACCAACUGCAUCACAUUUGCUGCUCCGGGCCCACAUGUGUUCUUGGUUGUGAUCGAUCCAAACAGAUUCACGGAAAAUGAUAGAAGAAUAAUGAGAACCAUUCGGCAGAUAUUUGGAGAACACCUAGCACGUUUCUCUUUGCUCUUGUUCACCCAUGGAGACAUUCUGGAAGCUCAAGGGCGCUCCAUUGAAGAAAUAAUCCGUGAAAAUCCAUCUCUCCGUUCUAUCAUUCAUCAGUGUCAUGGAGGAUAUCAUGUUUUAAAUAACAAUGAUGGGGAUCUCACUCAGGUCUUAGAGUUGCAGAGGAAGAUACACAUGCUGGUUCAGAGAAAUGGAGGACGAUACUACACUGAUGAGAUGCUAAGAGAGCCCAAUCUGGGAAAUGUUAUGGUCACCAGUUUCGCCAUUGGUGUUCUUGUUGGUCUACUGGGACUGGGAAUACUUGCAGUGCGAAAGUAGGAAUGUGUUACAACAUUUUAUCAAUAUCUCUGAUAUUAAUAUUUGAUAUCAUAGAAAUCCAUACAUGUAGAAUGCAUACUUCAGACCUGUGUCAUAUGUCUGUUUGAACUUUAGGCUUGUUUUACAUUUACAUUAUUAAUUCAUACUUUAAAUGUUUAGGGUCAUAGGCUGAGGUCCAUUAUUAACACUAAAUGGUUAAAUGAAUGGACAACAUGAUUUCAGGGAAUAACCAUGUUAUGGAUAUACUAUCUUACAUCAGGCUGGACAUCAUGUUGUUGGGGUUGUUCAGCUUCAGCUUAUUAAUCAUGUAUAGAUUUUAUAAACUGUAAUUUUUUCAGUUUUUUAAUGAAUAAAACUCUUAACAAUUUUUUCUCAUUAUAGAUUAGGAGCAUCUUAAUUUCAUUCAUCAUGUGAUUUACAGACUAUGAGAGUACAUACAUACAUACAUAUAUAUAUUCAAAUACAAAUAAAAAUGUGUUGGAGAGAUUCAAGAGUCAAUUCAGUCUAAAUUUAUUCACAAAUCCAUUAUUUGGUUAUUUCUGUCGACUCGAUGACGCAUUUAUGUCACUUGAAGAUAGUAUCAUGUUAUCAAAUUUAACAAGUGUUAAGUUUUCAAAUAUCAUGCAGAACAUUAUUGUUGUGAUAUUUUGAUACCAUGGUAGCAUUUACAGGAUAUUGUUUUAUAGUGAUAUUAUACAGGAAAACUGUUACUCAAUAAGGCCCAUUUACUAGUUGUUUUUCUCUUUCUCUGUGACCCAAGAAUUAAUGUGUAAGAAUCACAGGAUGGUACCUCAAGGUUGAAAACACCACAGAGAUCACUCCCAUCCUCCCUUCCUUAUUCUUUAGAAAAGAGCUUGUUAAAGGCCAGGUGGUUUGUUUCAGAAUUCACUAAUGAAGAACUCUGUAUUCUAUGUCUAGGAGUGUAUUUUGCUGGGAUGAUCAUAAAUUGUAGCUGAACUGAUAAACUACACAAAGGAUACUUCUUUGCUCAGAGGGCAGGAAGACGUUUCCUUAUUUGGUCUGUACCGGUUUGAACUGAGAACCUGCUGACACACGAACCUUUUUUUCCUCUAUAUAAGCUGUUGUGUACUUAAUAAACCUUUGAGUUGAUUUUGGGAAAGCAACCUGAAGCAGUCUGUGUUUCCUUGUUCUCCCAAGCUACUCCCGGCGCUGUAACUAACCUGCUGAACGGCAUACCUGAGUGUUACUUUGAAUAAUUAGGAGUCUUAUAAGGAAAGGACAAAACUCUGCUUAUCGCUCACGCCUUGGAGGAAACCGGGGACGGAAAUUUCCU